AUGGGAAUUCCAGCAUUCUUUAGAUGGAUGGUUGAUAAGUACAACGGUAUUAUCGUACCAACGAAAGAACCGAGACACCAAGAUGGAAGUAGAGUGGUUUGCGAUAAUUCAGAACCCAAUCUCAAUGGAGAGUUUGAUAAUCUGUACUUGGAUAUGAACGGUAUCAUUCAUCCUUGUGCACAUCCCGAGCAAGGUCCCAAGCCAAGAAACACACAAGACAUGAUGGAUUCGAUUAUGGAGUAUCUCGACUUGGUAUUCGCCAUCGUUCGUCCACGUAACCUCUUGUAUAUGGCAAUCGACGGUGUUGCACCACGUGCCAAGAUGAACCAACAACGUUCACGUCGUUUCCGUUCUGCUCUAGACGCUCGUCUCACCCGUGAGAAAGAAGCCAAGGAACUCAUGGAGAAUAUCGCCAACGGCAAGAUGUCAGAGUCCGAAGUAGAGGCACUCCAAAAGGCAAAAGAUGAGAAAUUCCACUUUGACUCUAACUGUAUUACACCAGGCACCAUGUUUAUGGACUUGGUUGCACUGACACUACGUUCUUAUGUCGCCGAGAAAGUUAGUACUGAUCCAGCUUGGAAGAAUUUGAAAGUUAUUAUUUCAGAUGCUAGUAUUCCAGGUGAAGGUGAACAUAAGAUUAUGGAUUACAUUAGAAAGCAGAGAGCACAAAAAGACUAUAAUCCAAAUCAAAAGAAUGUAAUCUAUGGUUUGGAUGCAGAUUUGAUUAUGUUGGCGUUGGCUACUCACGAACCAAACUUUGAGAUUCUUCGUGAGUUUGUGCAGACCAAGGGAAGGAAGCAACAGAGCACUCCAAAGGAGAUGCAGGGUGGUGACGAUGGCGAAGAGGAAAAGAAGGAUUUCCUCACCAAAGACUACCAGUUGCUCAGCUUGAAUCUCUUCCGUGACUACCUGGAUUCCGAGUUGAAAUGCUCUCCGGCGUUUGGCUUUGAUAUAGAGCGUGUGAUCGACGAUUUCAUUCUGAUAUGUUUCUUUGUUGGUAACGAUUUCCUGCCGCAUUUGCCAUCGCUACAGAUCAACGAAGGUGCUAUCGAUCGUAUCAUGAAGAUCUACAAGGAUUUGCUGCCGACGUUCGACGACUACCUCACAGAGGAUGGUGAGUUUAGCAUUGAUCGUGUCGGUAAGAUCUUUGCCAAGCUUGCAAUGGUCGAGGAAGAUAUCAUGAUGAGAAGAAAGAGCAAGGAGGAAGCAAUGAUUCGUCGUAAAGCUAGAAUGGACGGAAACUUCCAGCAACUUCAAGAGGAUCCACAGUCACUCAAUUUGAAUUCUGGAACUACAAAGCAACAUCAAGAAGCAGCAAAGAAUCUACUCAAUGAAAUAUUCACAGAGACAGACGAUACCCAGCGUCCAAACAAAAAGUUGAGAGUGGAAGAUGGUGCCGCCAACAAGAGUGCCGCUGCCAAGAUUCGUGAGGAAUUGCUUGCACAAAAGAAGGGAACCACUUCCAAUAAAGAUGCUGCCAAACAGUUACAACAAUCGAUUGUUGAGCAAUCUACUACUGCUCCAGCUGAUGGCAAGAAGAAGGGUGAGAAGAGAGGUGCUAAAGUAAUUGAGAUUAUGGAGGUUCCAGUCGAGGAAAAGAAACUACCAAGUGGAAACAAAAAGAGAAAGCAUGGAGAGGAAGAGGAAGAAGAGCAAUCCAAUUCCAAUGGUGGAGAAGGACAGUCACUAGAAUCAUCGACAUUCAUCGAUAGAAUGAAAGAUGUUAAAAUCGGUACCAAAGGUUGGAGAGAGCGUUAUUACAAUCAUCAUUUCGAAUCGGAGGCCAAGGAGGACGACAAUGUUGUUCUUCAUGUCUGUCAGAGUUAUAUCGAUGGUCUGGCAUGGGUAUUGAAAUACUACUACAAGGGUUGUGCAUCUUGGGGUUGGUAUUAUCCAUAUCACUACGCACCAUUCAUCAUUGACAUCUCUGAGAAUAUCGAGCUGAUCAAGCCAGCCACCUUCGACUUGGGUUCACCAUUCCGGCCAUUCGAGCAGCUAAUGAGUGUCUUGCCAAAGGAAUCUGGUCAAUUCGUUCCAAAGCCAUAUCAAAAGAUGAUGGGUAUCGACGAUGGCAGUGGCGAUGUCUCACCAAUCAUUCAUUUCUAUCCAUCGAAUUUCAUGAUCGAUGUGCAACCAUCUCAACCAAUCUGGAAGGGUGUAUGUCUGCUACCGUUCAUCGAUGAGAAGGAGCUACUCUCCUCAUUAAAGUCACUGGAGAACAAACUGACCGACGAAGAGAAAUUCAGAAAUUCUCAAGGUGCCGAGUUGCUCAUUGUCAACAAAGAUCUCAAGUUGACCAACGACGAAAACGCAGCAGACAAAGAUCAUAGCUCCAUCGACUCAAAGGUGUCUCCAAACUUCUUGGGUGACAUUUCUAAGCUACCUGAGCGAAUCACCAAGAAGCUGCCACCGAUGCAGAGUGCCAUUGCCUACUCCUACGAGAAUCCUGCCUAUCCCGAGGGUUAUGUAUUCAAAUCAGAGAUGUUACCAAAUGCCGUAAAAGCACCAAGAACUGAUAUCACCUCACUUCGUUUCUCUAUUCAAAACAGUGCCGCCAAUAGAAUGAUUAAUCAUGCUGUAGAUUCCAAUCAAUACAAAAACAAACAUUUCAAUAGAAAUCAAGGAUACAAUAAUCAAAAUAAUAAUUAUAACAAGAACUAUAAUAAUCAAAAUAAUAAUUAUAACAACAACAACUAUAAUAAUAAUAAUAACAACUAUAACAAUCAAUAUCAAAAUAAUAAUAAUAAUUAUAACAACAAUAAUAAUAAUUAUAGCAAUCAAAACUAUAAUAAUAAUUAUAUUCAAAAUAAUAAUCCAUUCAAUAACAAUAAUAGUAAUUAUAAUCAAAACAAUAACUACAACAACAAUAAUAAUUACAAUCAAAACUAUAAUAAUAAUAGCAAUAUGAAUUAUAACAAUCAAAAUAUGAUGAAUUAUAAUAAUAAUCAAAACAACUUUAAUAGUAAUUACAACCAAAACAACAAUAGUUAUAACCAGAACAAUAACUACAACCAGAACAACUAUAGUAAUCAAUCCGUUAUGAGCUAUAAUCAACAACAACAACAACAACAGUGGAAUCAACAACAACAGCAACCACAACAGAAUAUUAUGAACAACUCAAAUCAACAACAACAACAGUUUAGACAAAAUCAAAACUAUAAUAAUAAUGGUCAGCACCAAAGAAGAAAUAAUAACAACAAUAAUAACAACAACGGCAAUAAUAAUCAACAACCACAAAGGAGUAAAUACAAUCCCUUUGCAAAACUUAAGAAAUAA